UAAAUGGAAAGAGAAGCACAGUGGUAAUAGCACCGUGCUAUGAACCAGUAUAUCCAAGUGAGAUUUCUGUGAACUUGUCCUGAAUCCCUACCUUUGACCAAAGCCGCACUUAUCAGCGUUGUGAAACAAAUCCCCAUCAUGGAUCAAGCAUUAGAAGGCCCUUAUUCAGUCAGUCGUGGGUUGCCAAAAGGAUGUGAUAUAUUAUUAGAACCUCUUUAUACUGUAAUAACGUACCUUUGAAAAUUACUGGAGGGAAGCUGUGGAGGCUGGCAGUCUGAGGCAAAGCGUGAACCACAUGAGCAUAAAAAAACGCAUCGUUUCGCCACUUGGCUAUGUGGCACAAAUAGGACAAACACUUCAAUUGGUGGUGGGGGCAGAAAAAUAAAGAUUUUUAAACGCCUGAUGCAAAAUUUAUCACAACCAGCAUUAUCCUCAACAAAACCAAGAGCAACACAACUAGACGUAAAGCACAUGAAAAACAUUUAAGUUUAUAGUUUUGUGGCGUACAGCGAGCCAUUAAAGGUGGCUUAAACCCAGCCUGUUGCAAUUCAACUACAGUGCCCUUUGGUUUUGACGUAGGUAUGGUUUUAGUUCCAAGGGCACUGACACACGAUGACAGUAUAUAAACAGCUCUUUCAGAGAACACUAAGCACCAUUUGAAUGGGAACUCAACUCCAGCAGGAAUGAUGGUCCACAGCUCACCGCUUGAAAAAGCCAAAACCUUAACAAGGCAGCUUUUAGGAUCUGAUGACAAAAACACAUCAUUGCAAAGCAAUGACUCCAGUAAUAAUGUUUCGGUUUGUUACCAAGAGGGUGCCUUAACAGCCGACAAAUUGAAGAGCUCAGGCUCGGAGAAACCGCGAUGUCAACAACGCCGCCUGUCAGAUGAAGGCAUCACAUCGAGACGAGGCCGGUGGUCAAGCCCUUCAAGUCCCGUGGUCUGGCGGAGAGACCACUCAUCGUCGCCCAGGUCAAAUCCAAGGGCCCAGAGCUCCUCCGGUGUCAACCCUUCAGGGGCACCACCCUACAGCCCUGACAAAGUAAUCAGUCCGAGUUUCAAGCGGAGAACAUUUGCUACAUUGCCAUCUCAAGCCGGUCACCAACAAAGAGAGAACAUGUCUUGUCCUACAACUCCGUCAACUCCCCGUCAAUACUUCUUCCCAUCAACAUCGAACUCUCUUCAUCAGCAUAAGAGGCUACAACAUUCAGAACAGCCUUUUGUGAGCGAUGAUCAGAAAAAUCGAGUUCAAAGUGAAAAUGUCUUUCCCAAGUCAGAGGGGAAGGUAAUAAUGGUUAAAGAAACAUGUCAGAGCUCAGGAGAUCUGUUCAACUUACAAAAGCCACCGAGGGCAGAAUACCGUCACCGUCGCAUAAGAAGCACAGACAGCCAGCCGUCCACGGAACAAAUUUCUCAUCAAUCUAUUGUGAAAGAACCCAUUUCUAGACAAAACAAUGGUAAGCAUGGAAGAGACGAUGGGAGGCCACAUGGUCCGAUAUUCCCAGUGUGGAAAGAAAGGCCUAAUUUAAAUUUAGAACGGAUUCAGCUGCCUAUUAAGGAAAAUCCACAAAUGACCCAAGACCGCACACAUGUCUCAAAGUCAGUGAAGCACCACCCUGUUGACCAUCCACAAAGAAACACUCAGGUUGCUACUAGAGAGGAGCAAGUGAACACUAACCAAAGCAAGGAAAAUAGAGUCAACAAGCACGCCAACAUUCUACCACAAAACUUGCCCGCCUCCCUGAAAUGCCUCUUCAAAAAAGCAAAGCCGGUCAACAUGUCCACACCCUCUACUCCUGAAAUGAAGAGGAGGGUUAUGCCCACGACGAGGGACAACCAGAGGAUGCCUCCCGGCACCCCUGCCGGGCUACCGAAUGCAAGGCUCACGUGCAGCCGCUCCAUGGUCGAUCUGACCAGCGCUCAGCCAGGCAACGUCGCUGUGUCACCACCUGCCCCAGCGUCUGGAAGCUCAAGUCCGACCGAUGCACGAGGACAAGUGGUCGAUGCCAACCCAGGCAGCCGGGGCAUGUCGGAAGUGGAGCAGAUGAACAUGGCCAUCAGGCUGUCGUUGCAAGUGCGCAACGAUCCGCUCAGCCCACGGAAUCAAGUUGCGACGAGAAGUGCGUCGACAACCCAGGACAUUUCAUCCGUGCCGGACUCAACAAAGCUCGCCUCGUUUGCGUCUGAGCCCACCGACGGCGGCCUCUGCGAGUGCAUCGUGUGCAUGAGUCGCCCCGCGAACGCCGUCAUCUACACCUGCGGACACCUGUGCAUGUGCUGCAGCUGUGCCCUGGGCGUUAAGGCCUCCCAGUCGCCCAAGUGCCCCAUGUGCAGGGCUCACAUCAAGGACGUGAUUCGUGUUUACACGUCGUAGCACCGCGAGCGUGCGGCGUGCGUGUCAAUUGCUCGUGGGGCACUCGCCUUCGUGUGGCGUGCUGGCCCUUUGUAGGUGCUCGCCGAGAGCACUUGCCCCAACAGCAUGUCA